AUGUCUGGGGCCACGGAGAUCGCGGGGGUCGGGGAGCUCCUGAAGGGCGACUGGCGCGGCGCCAUGGAGAAGCGGAAGGAAGUCUGGAAGGAGGCGAGCACCGAGGACGGGCGUCUUGUGCUGCAGCAAAAGGCGGACGCCGCGGUGAAGCGAGCCAAGCAACAGGCCAUGAUUCGCCUGGCACAUGGCAUGGAGCUGAUGCAGGGCGGGGCCCGGCACCGGCACCGGUCCGUGCGGCUGCUAGAAUGCAAGCAUCUUCGCCUGCGAGCGCCAUGGGCCAUGGGCGACGCGUCCGCUGAGCGGUGUGAGCUUGCCGCGGAAGAGUUGCUGCGGGAGGGCCAUGCCGAGGCGGCUGCGCUGAGGUACGAAAGGGCCCUCCAGCUUCGCUUGAAGGCUUGCGAAGCCCCUUCACAGCUGGCUUUAACGGCUGAAGCUUUGGCCAAAGCAAGCAACCAUGCCUGCAAAGACUUCUCUGCGCCCCAAGCUGAGCGUCAACUUCAAAGAAGUCUUCGGCUACUGGACGAGGUCCUGGAUUUACAAGGUGCUCCACAUGUGAAUUUGCUCUCCUGCAUCAACCUCACCUUGGCCAACCUGGCGUCGCUCCACCAGCGCGCGGGGCGUCGCACGAUGGCCUUAAAACUGCUGCGAGAAGCUGAAGCCUUGGGUGCAUCCAUCACACCGGCAGAGGCGGCAGCCACGCAGCUGAGCUUGUGUGCUUUGCUGUCGCAGCUGGGGCGGCAUCCGGAGGCAGAGCAGCAUGCUGCACAGGCUGUGAGCUUCGCAGAGGCGGAUGUCUUGCAGCAAGGGACAGGUGGGUCAGUGACUCGGGAGAUACUCCGAGAGAAAGCUUCCACCUUGGCAGUGGCCUACAACAACCUGGCAGUGCAGCGAGAAUACCUGGGACACGAGGAUUGCCUGGCCUUGUACGAGAAGGCCAUUAUACUGGCAGAAGGGCAUAUGGAGAAGGACAAUCCCUUGUUGGCGACGCUUCAGGGGUCCCACCGGAACGCCUUGCAGAUGCAGGUGGAGCGCAAGAGCAAACAUCGUCCUUCCUCCAGCACCGUGCGCGCUGCGAAGCCGGAGACGUCGCAUCGGCCGCGGUCCGCGGUGGAACCACGGCGGAGGCCACAAUCGGCGAGUGUCGGUCGAGGUCUGAGCCGCGCGAGUCGCCAAAGUCAACUGACCAAAGAGCUGCUGAACUUAUUGCGACCUGAGCAGCGGGAGAUCGUGCUGGCGCGGGCCAAGCAGAAAGAUGUAGAGCCCUUGCCGAUCGAUUGCGAGGACAUGUCACUGCUUACAGGAGGCGCGCAGGCCUUCGCAGAAGGUGCAUGCUGCAGUGGACCGUGCGAAGGCACAGAUGAGGGAUGGGCGGCAAGCGCUUCAGGCGGAUGCCGCAGUGAAGCAUGUGAAGCAGGAUCUGAUCCUUUCGCCCUGCGCCGCAGCAGUACCUUCGAGCGCCUCCAGCACGCGCGCGACUUUGCACGAGCCCAAGAGGCCGAGGACGGAGCGGAAGAGCGCCGGACUGCGGACCCACCAGCGGAGCGCCGGAUGGAGGCGCCCACGAGGUGGAGACGUCACCGGACCGACGGACGCAGAGACACCGGUGGAGGGCGCUUGGCCGCUGUGAAGAUCCAACGGGCUUGGGCGUGCUUCCAGCGAAAAAGGCGGCGCAGAGUGGCGCUGUGGCUGCAAGCCUCAUUGAGGUGCCAGCUGGCACAAGUUCAGCUGGUGAAAGAGUGCAGAGCUGCCAGGACAAUUCAGCGCAAGCUCCGAAGACAUCAGCGUAUCUUGGCUGAAAAGGUCGCCAAAGUUGCUGAAGCGCCUUGCAAAGCAGACGCUGAUCAGGAAGAGGAGGCUCCUGUUGAGGACAACACUGCGGAAGGGCAAGUUGCUGAGGCUGACACCGCUUGCAAACCGGAUGCAGCAGCAGCAGCUUUUCAUGUACAACCGGGGAAUUGUGAGUCAGCUGGCAUCAAUCUGGCCAGAGAGUUUCCCACUGAGAGCAGUGCUGACGAACCACGUGCCAAAACAGUGGAUGUGCUGGUGGAUCCUCCGCAGAAGCCGGAGCUGGAGCAUGAACCACAUGACUCGGUGGACCGCUUGAGCAAUGGCACACGGGAUACCACCGCUUCUGAGGCCGAGGACAUGUUGAACCCGAGGUGUGAUGCAUGGAGAUGUCCCACAUGUGGUCUCCUCAAUGAGGUUUGCCCAGAGAUGUGCGUGCUGUGCGAGGGCCCCCGACCCAGCGGCGCCCCGGCGGUGCCACCGCCCGUUCGGCCGAUGUGGCCGAUGAGGGGGCGCAAGCAGCGCGGGUUGGCCUAUUUGGAGGCUCCCAGCACCAAUACGGAAUGCUGGGUUUGGACCCUAGUCUAUGGCCUUUGCGGAAUGAUCUGGCGCUUCAAAGCCUCCAAGCGCCUCGUCGUCGCCUGGCGCGGCACCAGCGACUUUGGAGACGUCCUCACGGACAUCGCGGUGCCACUGGGGGGCGGUGCGCAUCCACGGAUCAUCCGUGAUUUGGGCAAGGUGCACGAAGGCUUCUCUCGCGCCUACGACUCCGCUGGGGCGCUCGGUGGGCGGCGAUCCGGCUUCACCAAGGCUCCCUGGUGUGACGCGGGGAACCCCCGGGGACGGUCCCCGGCGAUUUGCGGCGGUCUGACGGCGCAGAUCAUCUUCACCGGACAUUCGCUGGGCCUGGGGGGCUCAGGGACCAUCGGACCAGCAGAUCCGAAAGGGGCCACCAUGGCGGAGAAUCGGAGGUUGACCAUGCGAGGUGGCGCGCUGGCGACCUUGAGCUCGGUGGAUGUGGCGCGCACCAUCCGUGCCCUGGCACCGGAGCGGGACUCGGCCAUGCCAGAACGCCUUUUCGGUCGCUGGCUUCGAAGGGUUUGCACUGGAGCCUCCGAAAAUUGGGCAAGUGGUUUGCCCGCCGUCUUUGGCCAAGCGGAUGAAGUUGGACAAGUGGAGGAGAUCUGUCCAUUGAGGUGCAGAAGGGAGAAGCAGACGGAGCAGCACACACGGAAGAUGGUUGACCCUUCAGAUCUGAAAGAUGCGAUGGGUGCCCAGAUCGUCAACGUGACCUUUGGAGCGCCCCGCGUGGGGGGCGCCCGGCUCUGCGUGCAAUGCGACGAGUAUGCCGGGGUCCUCGGGGUGCCACGGACCUGGCGGGUCUUCAGCACCUCCGACGUGGUGCCGACCGUUCCGCCCAAGUACUUGUGGGGUGGCGCCGGCGCGUACCAAGAGCGUUUUCUUCUGUUGUGGAUGAGAAGGGAGGGCUCAAAACCCGCCAUAGAUGACCAUAGUUUGGAAGGAAAGGGCAUUCUAGAGCAGAAAAAAAGGAACGAUCUAAGGGAAAGGCACCCGGUUUAA